UCAUAUCUGUUGCUUGCCAAUUCUCCACUUCCCUCCCAUCCAUCCUUUAAUCAUGUCCCCUGUUAAGGAAUCCCUCGCCGGAAUCCUGAAUUCCAGGAGGAAACUCUUCCUGCCCGUUUUCGCCUCACUCCUCCUCAUUGCCGCCAUAGUCGGAAUCGUCGCCGGAGUUAAGUCGUCCAAUAGGAAUAACUCCGGCAACGAUCAUAGCUCCGCCAUGAAAAUCACGACCUCCCACGCCAUCGCCCGAUCUUCGUGCAGCAACACGUUGUACCCCGAACUCUGCUAUUCCGCCAUUGCUGAUUCCCUCAGCGACGGAAAGCAAGUGAAAUCGGCCAAGGAUGUAAUCAUUCUGUCGCUAAAUGUAACUAUUUCGGCGGAGCAGCGGAACAUGGCUGCCCUUCAGAAGCUGCUCGACUCCGGGGCGAAAAACUUGACGAAGCGGGAGAAGACGGCCUUGGGCGACUGCUUGGAGAUGAUUGACCGGACGCUGGACGAGCUCCACACCGCCGUUAAGGACCUGGAGGAGUACCCCAACAAGAAGUCCAUCGAGGACCACGCCGACGACCUCAAAACCCUACUCUCCUCCGCCAUUACCAACCAGGAGACGUGUCUGGACGGCUUCUCCCACGACAAAACGGACAAGCAUGUCCGACAAGUGCUGGUCGGAGGUCAGGUUCUGAGGGUGGAGAAGCUCUGCAGCAACUCACUCGCAAUGCUUACCAACAUGACCGACACCGACAUCGAGCGCGAGCGGAAGUCGUACGGCGCCGGCAGAAAGCUGCAGGUGGCCGAUCAUGACAGCCAGGGGGCGGGGGGCUGGCCGAAGUGGCUGUCGGCCGGGGACAGGAGGCUGCUGCAGUCACCGUCGGUGACGGCGGACGUGACGGUUGCGGCAGACGGGAGCGGGAACUACAGGACGGUGUCGGAGGCGGUGGAGAAAGCGCCGCAGAACAGCGGGAGGCGGUAUGUGAUCAGGAUUAAAGCCGGAGUGUACAGAGAGAAUGUGGAGGUGCCGAAGAAGAAGACCAAUAUAAUGUUCGUGGGAGAUGGGAGGAGCAACACUAUCAUCACCGGCAGCCGGAAUGUCCGUGACGGCAGCACCACCUUCAACUCUGCUACAGUGGCGGUGGUCGGGGCAGGUUUCCUUGCCCGGGACAUCACUUUCCAGAACACCGCCGGAGCGGCGAAGCACCAGGCGGUGGCCCUCCGCGUGGGGUCCGACCUGUCGGCCUUCUACCGGUGCGACAUGCUGGCCUACCAGGACACCCUCUACGUCCACUCCAACCGCAACUACUUCGUCCAGUGCCUCGUCGCCGGCACCGUCGACUUCAUCUUCGGCAAUGCCGCCGCCGUGUUCCAGGACUGCGACAUCCACGCCCGCCGCCCCAACUCCGGGCAGCGGAACAUGGUGACCGCCCAGGGGCGCACCGACCCCAACCAGAACACCGGGAUCGUGCUCCAGAAGUGCCGGAUCGGGGCGACGUCGGACCUGAGGCCCGUGCAGAGGAGUUUCCCGACGUUCCUGGGGAGGCCCUGGAAGGAGUACUCCCGGACGGUGGUGAUGCAGUCGUCCAUCACCGACGUGAUCGACCCCGCCGGGUGGCACGAGUGGAGCGGCACCUUCGCCCUCAACACCCUGUUCUACGGGGAGUACCAGAACACGGGGGCCGGGGCGGCGACGUCGCGGAGGGUGACGUGGAGAGGGUUCAAGGUGAUCACGAGCGCCACGGAGGCCCAGAGGUACACGGCGGGGACGUUUAUCGCCGGUGGCAGCUGGCUGAGGGCCACGGGCUUUCCAUUCUCGCUGGGUCUCUGAUCUGAUCUGGUCUGAUCUUGAUGGAUCGGAUCGAGCUCCCUCCCUCCCAAGUUGUUGAUAAUAUACUAGUAAUAGAUAUAAUUACAUUACAAUGCUGCCUGCCUGCCAGCCAGCCAUUGAUUCUCAUUAUUGAUUGAUAUGUAGUAAUAGUAGAGUAGUAGUAUGUUGUGAUUUUAUCUUGUUAAUUAAUUGCUGCAAAUAAGGAGUGGAUGUGUGCUGGAUUUGAUGAGAGUAUCAUCGAUCGGAUCGUGUAUUGUUAGAUAAAUAAAUAAAGAUUGUCAUUGUUGUUGUA